AUGGCGGCGAGCGGCAGGGGCGGCGCGGCGGCAAGUGCUCUGCUAGUAGUGCUGGUGGCGUUCGUGUGCUUGAUGUCCUGCGGCCUCGCGCAGGCCCGCGUGGCGAGGAAGGACCUCGGCCUCGGCAUCGACCUGGGCGGCGGUGGCGGUGGCGGCGCGGGGCUGGGCCUCGGGCUGGGGCUGGGUGUCGGAGUUGGCACGGGAGGCGUCUCGGCGUCCGGGUCCGGUUCUGGGUCCGGGUCUGUGGCGGGUGUGGGGUCGACGUCCGGGUCGAGGUCCGGGUCGAUUUCCGUCGGUGGGGCGAGCUCGUCCGCGGGUUCGAGCGCUGGAUCGUCAGCUGGGUCGAAUGGAUCAGGUGCCGGGUCUUCUGCUGGGUCGGGUGGCGGGCAAGGGUAUGGGCAGGGUGGUGGGAGUGGGUUCGGUUCUGGGUAUGGUGAGGGUAGUGGGUCUGGGCGUGGGUCGGGUAAUGGGGUGGUCGGCGUAGGGUAUAGUGAGGGAUACGGUCAUGGGUCGCCUGCUGGCUCGGGUGGAAACCCUUGA